CGCGCCGGUCGUUUGCGUGGCCCCGCCCCAGACGGGAAGCCCGCACUGCCCGGCCGCGGAGGUGACGUCGGCCUCUCGCGACAUGGCGCCUUGGCGGCGGAGAGCAGGCUGCAGGAGGCGAGCUUCUGAAGUGCUAAAUGAUGCCAAGAGAGCUAAGAACAGCAACAAAGCAGUGGAAGACUCUCCUUCUGCCAAGAAAAUCCGCACAUGCCAGGGAAAGGGGCCUGUGGCUGGAGGAAAGGAUGCAGAUGGGACAAACGGCAAGCAAGAGUCGGUGAAGGCCUUGCUGUUAAAGGGCAAAGCUCCUGUGGACCCGGAGUGUUCAGCCAAGGUGGGGAAGGCUCACGUGUAUUAUGAAGGCGAUGAUGUCUAUGAUGUCAUGCUAAAUCAAACCAAUCUCCAGUUCAACAACAACAAGUACUAUCUUAUUCAGCUGUUAGAAGAUGAUGCCCAGAGGAACUUCAGUGUCUGGAUGAGGUGGGGCCGAGUGGGGAAAACGGGACAGCACAGCUUAGUGACUUGUUCUGGUGACCUCAACAAAGCAAAGGAGAUAUUUCAGAAAAAAUUCCUUGACAAAACGAAAAAUAAUUGGGAGGAUCGUGAGAACUUUGAGAAAGUGCCUGGGAAGUACGACAUGCUGCAGAUGGACUAUGCUGCCAGUGUGCAGGACGAAGAUAAAGUCAAGCAAGAGGAGUCUCUUGAGACUUUGAAGCCAGAGUCACAGCUGGAUCUCCGAGUCCAGGAGCUGAUAAAGUUGAUCUGUGACGUGAAGACAAUGGAGGAGGUGAUGGUGGAAAUGAAGUAUGACACCAAGAAAGCCCCACUUGGAAAGCUGACGGCGGCACAAAUCAAGGCAGGCUACCAGUCUCUCAAGAAGAUCGAGGACUGUAUUCGGAGCAGCCAGCACGGGCCAGCUCUUCUCGAAGCAUGCAAUGAAUUCUACACCAGGAUCCCACAUGACUUCGGCCUCUCUACCCCUCCAGUAAUCCGGACGGAGAAAGAGCUGUCGGACAAAGUGCAACUGCUGGAGGCGCUGGGAGACAUUGAAAUCGCCCUUAAGCUGGUGAAGUCAGAGCGCCAAGGCCCUGAACACCCGCUGGACCAACACUACAGAAACCUACAUUGUGCGUUGCGCCCUCUGGACCAUGAAAGUAACGAAUUCAAAGUGAUUUCUGAGUACCUGCAGUCCACCCACGCGCCUACUCACAGGGACUACACUAUGACCUUGCUGGAUGUGUUUGAAGUAGAGAAGGAAGGGGAGAAAGAGGCCUUCAGAAAGGACCUUCCUAACAGGAUGCUACUCUGGCACGGUUCCAGACUGAGUAACUGGGUGGGAAUCCUGAGCCACGGGCUUCGAGUUGCCCCACCUGAGGCUCCCAUUACAGGCUACAUGUUUGGGAAAGGCAUCUACUUUGCUGACAUGUCUUCCAAGAGUGCCAACUACUGCUUUGCCUCUCGCCCGAAGAACACAGGACUCCUUCUCCUGUCAGAGGUAGCUCUAGGCCAGUGUAAUGAGCUUCUAGAGGCCAAUCCUAAGGCAGAAGGAUUGCUUCAGGGCAAGCAUAGCACCAAGGGGCUGGGGAAGAUGGCUCCCAACCCCGCCCACUUCGUCACCCUGAAUGGGAGUACAGUGCCCUUAGGACCAGCAAGUGACACAGGAAUUCUCAAUCCAGACGGGUAUACCCUCAACUAUAAUGAGUUUAUUGUCUACAGCCCCAACCAGGUCCAUAUGCGAUACCUUCUAAAGAUUCAGUUUAAUUUUCUGCAGCUGUGGUAAAUGCUGAUCUGAUAAGCAAGAUACAAUCUUCAAACAAAAACCACAUGUUGUUAACUUUUUGAUAAUUUGUUUAAUAAAAUAGCGUAGCUUUA